GCUUCACUCUCUCUGUUUUUGUUUAAAUCUCAGGCGCAAGAAGAAAUCCUUGGCAGGAGCACAAGAGGAGACCGGCAGUACCGAACCAACAAUUUAGAAACGAUUCCUUUAGUGCUGCGAAAAUGGCUUUUGCUCUCAACAAACUUCUUCCAGACCUCUCCAAACUCGAGCCGCUCGACGGAAAGAACUACCGCCGGUGGUCGCAGAAGAUGCUAAUAUUCUUCGAACAACUUAAGGUAGACUACGUCUUGUUCGAAGACACCCCAACUGAUUUUGUUGAAGAUGUCAACACCACCGACGACUCCACCGCUGCAACUGCCGAUGCCGCAGCUACCAAAGCCGUUGCCGCUCCAGAGAAGUCCAAACGCACUGCUUCCAAAGACAAGGCUAAGGGAGAUGACCAAGCCAAAAGAAAGUACGAGAAAGACAACAAAACAGUUCGUGGUCAUCUUCUUAGUCACAUGACAAAUCCAUUGUUUGAUUUGUUCAUUCCGAACAAGUCCGCAAAGUCAAUUUGGGAGACAUUGCAGAAGAAGUACGGGGCGGAUGAUGCUGGAAAGCGCAAGUAUGUCACCGGAGAAUGGCUGCGUUUUCAAGUGGUGGAUGACAAAUCAAUCAUGGACCAAGUCCAUGAAUACGAGAAUCUGGUUUUUGAUGUCCUGGCCGAAGGGAUGACGAUGUGCGAAAUUUUGCAAGCAAAUGUUCUCAUUGAGAAGCUGCCACAAUCAUGGGCAGAAUACUGCAAAAAAUUAAGGCAUAAGAAACGAGACAUGCCACUAGACGAAUUAGUCUACCACAUCAAAAUUGAAGAGGCAAAUCGCCUCAAGGAUAAGUCACUGUCCUAUUCUGUUUUACCUCCUGUUAAAGCUAACCUCAUUGAAUCUUCAAAUGGCAAUAAUCACAGGUCUAAAGGGAAUUCCUCCGGCUCUUUCAAAUCGAAUAAGAAGUCCUUCAAGAAACCUGGAAAUAAACACUUCAAGAACCAUGGUGGACAGAUUCAAAAGAAAAAUAAUGGUGCUUGUUUUGUGUGUGGUAAAACAGGUCAUAAGGCUAAUCGCUGCUUUAAGAGAUUUGACAAAAACAAGGAUGGAAAUGUUCACCACAAUCCUCAAGCUAAUGUUGUCGAGCAUGAUGACAUCAUUACUGCCGUAGUUUCUGAAGUGAACAUGAUUUAUGUGCCUCAAUGAUCGUUCUAUAUGUGAAUCUAGGGAUGCUGAAUUUUUUGAACAUAUUUUUCCACUGAAGAAGGACAUUUUACGUCCUAUUUUAUCAGCUCCUAAUUUUGCAUCUGCUUCUGUUCCAUCUAAAAAUAAUGAGGUAACUGAAAUCAGGAAAAGCAAAAGGCGUAAGAUUGAAACAAAUUUUGGUCCUGAUU